GGAGGAGGGCUAGUAGCUCUUCCUUCCCAAGAUAUGGCCUAUGAUGAUAGUCUAUGCCCCUACUAUUUCCCUUCAAAAGACAGUGAUCUACAAAGCUUGGGAGUUUUCAAAGCAGACAUGUCUUUGGACAUGGAUCCUGUCUUCUCAUCAGACUUGUCCACUGGAACUGGAUACCUUCAAGAUGCCAUAGUUGCAUGGAACAAUCGCUGCAAGAGGAGAAGAAUAUCAUCUUACGCUCAUGAUCAAAUGGCUGAGUACUCAAAGCAGAAUUGCUGGUUUCCCUCUGAGGAUCAUGAAGACCCAUUUGAGAAAUUUGGCAGUUUGGUUCAGAACUACAAUCUAACUCCAGAGGAUAAUUGUUGUGUAAUGAAGAAGGUGGCCUACCCAUUUGACAUGGUGAAGCCUGGAGGGAUUGAAGGGGACGUGACACUUGAAGACAUCAAUGAAAGGAUGCUUAUGAGACCCACUAGACCUGUUCGACACCCUGUGGGAGACUUGGCUUGCCGACCGGUUGUGAUGGCAGGUGGGCUGGGGCUUUCAGGGAAAGCUGUGGUUGCUUUAACCAGAAUUCGCACAAGAGGAAGAGGCACUGUCACCAUUAUCAGGACUAAAGGCUGAACCUACAGAUCAAGAUUGAUUGCUUCUCAUGUCUUCAGAAUUUUAGGGUUUGCUUUCAUGGUUGUGGUUCACGUAGAAUUUAUUUGGAUUGCUUUCAAGGUUCGUGUACAAUUUAAUUAGAAAUGUAUAUAUA